AAUCAGCAGUGGUUGGGGCAGGACAAGGGGGGUAGCGUCACACUCCGCUCUCUGUUGUCGUGCUGCACGGAGCUGUCCCAAGCAGGGGUGUCCCAAUUGGUCGCUCAGGGGCCUUGCCUUCAACUCAGCCCCCUCCUGCCGUCGCGGCCCCCCACACGCACGCCUCCCCUCUGUGGUUCCCUCUCUCACUCACGCCUCCGCUCCCCUUCGGUACCAGUCCUGCUUGCCUUCACCUCCACCUUCUCUUUCUGUGUGUGUGUGUGUGUGUGUGACGGUGUGUGGCAGGGCCUUGCGGUGUGCGACAGCGCUGGGAGAGAGAGAGACGGGAGCUGGAGGUGUGGGAGGGGGGGGGGGGGCAGACUGCGACCACUGCUGCUGUCCAUCAGGGGGCUGGGAGGCAGAGACAGAGACCCUCUACUCCAGCUGGCCGGCUUUUACUGACGGACGCCAGAGCCACAGCAGGAGGGAAGGGAGAGAGACAGAUAGGGUGAGAGAGAGACAGAGAGAGUGAGACGGAGAGCGAGAGAGCCAGAGAGACAUAGGGAGAGAGACAGAAAGCGAUUAGAGAGAGGCCUCACCUGGAUCCAUUGCUUUAGCUUUUUGUAUUUCUGUGGAGGGAGUUGAGGUGAUUGUUUAGUUAGCUGUUGUGGUGGUGGUGGUGGUGGUGGUAGUGUUGGUGGUGGUUUGGGGGCGUACAGCAGGUUGAUUUAGGGGUGCAGGGGUGUGGUAGAACCCCAGGGGGUACGGGGGCAGUUUGCUUUGCCAUGCAUCAGAACUGGGAUUGGAGUGGGGACAUACAGAGGCACGUUGAGACUCUGAAGGACAGCCAGGCCAAGAUGUUGGGAAAAGGAUUCGCCGGUGGUAGUGGAGGUGGAGGAUACCCGGCGGCCAACUCUUCCGGAGAACCCCUGCAGAGUGGCAAUCCAGCCAACAACGUCAACAACCAGAAAGGAGCGUUCUUCGACAGCCUGCCGCCUGCUGGUAUUGGUCAGACUGGGCAGCCGGGUCAAGCCGGGCAGGCCGGACUACAUCAGAACCAGCCGAACCAGCAGAACCAGCAGCUCUUCCUGAGCCCCGCCGGCCUCCAGCUUGCUCAACUGCAGGCCCAGCUCACCCUCCACCGCCUUAAGUUGGCCCAGGGCGGCGUGGGAGGCAACGCAGCCAGCGCUGCCAGUGCUGCCUCUGCCGCCACGGUCCUGAACCAGGUCCUGUCCAAUGUGGCCAUGUCCCAGCCCCUGUUGAAUCAGCUCCGCUCAUCCGCCAUGGUGGGGAACCCCCAAGGGGCCUUCCCGAACGGGGGCCUGGGCUUCCCCAAUUCUAACUCGGCGCUGGGGGCACUGGUGGGGGGAGCCUUCACCCAGAACCUCGGGAACGUGGGUAUGAACAACUACGGCGGGGGCUCAGCCAUGGGCCAACAGGGUGGGGGGGACUACGGCAAGAAGACGGGGUACCCUGCCGACACGGACAGGCGCAUGCAGUACGGGGGCUUCCAGGGCGGGACGUCCAUAGCCACGAGUAAGGCCGGGGACGGGCAGUACACGUCCACAAACACCCAGGCGAAAAUCGCAAACAACGGCGGGUUCCACCGAGAGUACUACGGCCAGGAGAUGCAGGGACAACAGUCUGGGUUUUGCGGCGGUGAACAGAAGGUCGGUUCUUAUCCCGGCGCCGGACUUAAGGAGCCUUGGAAGGGAAACGCCGGCAACCUGUGCCACACCGGGAAGAUGGACACGUCCGCCAACGCCAAAGGGUGGAAUUCAUCCGGGCAGCCGACCCGUUCCCGAGCUGACCUGUACAAUCCAGAGGAGCCUACCUUGGACCCAAAGUUCACCACAGGAGGGGCGGGCGCCGCGUUCCCAAGUGGACCUCAGGGGUUUAUGGGCUUCCCACCGAUGCAGGGCGGGGAGGAUCCACUGUCUGGGGGGGCCAGAGCCCUUCAGUCGCAUCAGGUCAAUGAUUACCUCGGGACCAUUCCUUCCCAUCUGCCACACCAGUGCACCAUCUGUGAGAAGAAGGUCUACAACCUCAAGGACUGGGAUCAGCACGUGAAGGGAAAGCUCCACCUGCAGAACCGUUCUCUGUACGCCACUGAGGGCAGCGCGGCGGGGCUAGCUUCCGGAGCUGAGCACUACACAGUCAGCGGCGCGUCCAACGGAGCUCUGAACACGGCGGUCAAUAACUCAAUGGUCUACUCUGCCCCCGGUCAAGAUGUGUCCUCAGGCACCAAUUUGCCCUACUUACCAGCUGCAGGAAUGAAGAGUUACCCUAUGGCAGCCGUCGGAUUUACCUUACACCAGCCGGAGGCAAAGCCGUUUCCACCAGGAAGUCCCCCGCCGGGACGGGUCGUCCACAUCUGCAACCUCCCAGAUGGGAGCUGCACCGAGACUGAUGUCAUCAACUUGGGACUGCCCUUCGGGAAGGUCACCAACUACAUCCUCAUGCGCUCAACAAACCAGGCCUUUCUGGAGAUGGCCUUUGUGGAGGCAGCUCAGGCCAUGGUGCAGUACUACCAGUUGACUCCUGCCAUGAUUAACGAUCAAAAGCUCCUUAUUCGGAUGUCCAAGCGAUACAAGGAACUCCAGCUGAAGAAACCAGGGAAGGAUGUGGACACUAUUAUUUAUGGUAUCAACUCCCAGAGAGUGCGAGGGGAGAUGCCGGAGCCUGAACACUACGUCCCGGAGAGGGCUCGCUCCAGGAGUCCCAUCAGCCGCUCCCUGAGCCCGCGCUCCCACAGCCCCAGCUUCACCUCCUGCAGCUCCGCCCACAGCCCCCUGGGGGGGCCCGGCCGGGGGGCCAACAAUGGCCAGGGCCCUCGCCGCGGCUCCUGGGACUGGAGCUGCCAGCAGCAGCGCGGCCGGGGCGAGGAGGAGAGGGAGCGGGAGAGGGACGAGCAGCACUGGAGGAACGGGACGGGCGGCGAGGAGGACUGGGGCGGCGGAGGGGACUGGCGGGGGGGGAAGCACUACCCCAAACCCAUGGACCGGGUUAGCCCAAGAUCUGGAGACCAGCGAGGUGGGGGAGGUGGGGGAGGGGGAGGAGGUGGAGGAGGAGGAGGAGGAGGAGGAGAGGGGAUGAGGGGCGGCAGAGACAACUGGUACCCCCGGGGCAGCCCUCAGGGAAUGCCCUUCAACUCCUACAGGAACCAAGAGGAGGACUUCUAUCCAAAGGAGCAGGGCUACAAGACGGAGAAGCUCCCCAGGGCGCCGUAUCAGAGACACGAGGCCAAGCCCCGGAGGAGGGACGGCCCCGGGGACUACCACAGCCGCACCCGGCAUUCCGAGUCGGACAUGACAGAGGAGAUGUGUUCCAGAACGCCGGAAGACAGGAGGCAGAGUUCACCGGGAAGAGGAAGGAGCAAAAAGACAAGUCGGAGGCAUGGCCCCAAGGAGAAGCAGGAGAGCCAACCGCUCCUGGGAAUACUGCUGGGAAUACUGCUGGGAAUACUGCUGGGAAUACUGCUGGAAUACUGCCGGAAUACUGCCGGGAAUAACGCUGGGAAUACUGGCAACCAGUUGAAGGAAAGAUCGUCUUCUCCUCAGCAAAGCAGAGCAGAAGCAAACCAAAAAGUGGUUACAGCAUGUGUGACGGAAAAUCAAGUGGAGGUGUGCGAGGAGAGCGGCGAGGACACGGAGGGCGAUUGCUGGUACCCCCGGCAACAUGGAGGAGCUGGUGACGGUGGACGAGGUGGGCGGCGAGGACGACUCCAUCGUGGAGCCCGACCUGCCCGAGCUGCUGGAGGUGGAGCUCCUGCUCCGUGGACCAGCAGGACCCGGGCCGAGAGCUACAGGGCCGCCGCCGCUGCCGCCGCCCCCGCCGCCCCCGCCGCCGCCGCCCCCCCCGCACCACGAGACUCCCAGAGCAAGAGAAGAAGCCCGGAGCCCUCCGAACCAGCGGCCCAAGAGCCCCCCAGGAGGAGCUCCUGGAGGUCCGUCCCCAGACGGAGGCGGCGUCGGAGGUGGAGGUGGAGGUGGUGGCGGAGGAGGAGGAGGAGCCAGGUCCAGAUGGAGGCCCCUGCGCAGCCGCUCCACGCGCUGAACGACUUCCCGGGCCAGGAGCUGAAGGCGGCCCUGGAGGAGGCCCGCGCUGAGGCCCGCGCUGAGGUCCGCGCUGAGGUCCGAGCGGAGGAGAGCUCCGGGCAGUCGGAAGAGGAGCAGGCGGCCGGCGCGUCCGAGGACAGCAUGGGUCCAGGACAGCAUGGUCCAGGACGUGGCCCCCACCCCCGAGACAAAUAUUAAGGAAACCCAGCACAAAGAGGAAGCUCCUAAAAUGGGUGUCCAUAACAUCACAAACAACCUGUAUCAGACGCAGGCAGAGAUCGAAGGUCACUCGCCGACGCGAGAACAGGACCGGGUCAUCAGUGAGCACAGCAUUCCUCUAGGUGAGUGGAGCAC